AUGCAUGAGGUGUCUCAAGGCCAAGCGCCUAAAAGUCCCCCACCUAGCAGCAACACAGAGCUACAUCAGAGCACUGAACAGUCAACACCGGGUGAAUCCGUUUGCGAAUCCCACUAUGUGGCAUGGGAGUCAGCGCCAAAUCCCAAAAGCCAUUUCUCGAUUGGGGAAUGGGGCGCCACAGCAAGCAUCAAUGCUUACGGGCAGAUGAUGCUUUUCAGAAACUUCUUGGAGGUUGAAACUUAUGGGUUCAUUUCUGUAGAACAAAAAUGCGAAUCGACCCCUGACUUUGCCCAUAGCAGGGCCGAAAGGGCCAACCAACUGGAAUGGAUGUCUGGAAAUGCCCUUCCCAUAGGGGAAACUGCAUUCGGUCUCAAAUUCCCUGGCUUGGAGAUUGGGAAAGAACUCCCUCGCCUAAGCCUGUUGCGGUACAGAUGGCCAAGAUACCAAUACCACACCGACAAGUGCGAACUCGAUAUACAUUGGAUGAUUCACCAUAAUCACCUGCUGCAACAAUGCAUUGUCAAGAAUUUGGAAACCAGCCCCUUGGAUGUAGAGUUCAAAUUCUGCAAUCCCGACUCUUCCAUGGUUGUCCGGGGCCUAAACUACACUGCGACCGGGCGGGGGGCUAACACAUGUUUCGGCCAGGCUUGCCCUGAUGAGCUUGGAUGGUGCAGAUCGACAACGUUGAAUAAGUCCCGAGAAGCUAUCCUGAAAAGUAGGCAGCCCAGCGGCGGAUAUAACCGCCCAACUGAGGCUUCGGGUUGGCCGCAUAUCGGAGAGUCGGCGGCGGUAGUGGUAUCCGUGUUCCUCAAUGGCGAGCCAAUGAGAUGGAAAGCAGCGACAUCAGCCUGGACUCACAGGCUGGAAGCAAGGACAAACAACGACAUAUGCUCUUCUUCAACUACUAUGGAAGUUGUUGUUGCUUACCAUUUGCGUCAUUCAGAAAGUUCUUAUACCGACUUAGGGGCAAUUUCGAUACCUGCUGCUGCUGUUAGGGUCGGCGAGUUUCUGAGGGAAGAGCCUUUUUCACCAAUCUGUAUAUCUGGAAUCGACCUAGCAAGAAAGGAUGAUCUUCAAAGCUUCCCCAGUCCGGACCCUGCUAUCGAUGGGGUUGACAGCCUGAACGAGAAUAUACUCGAAGCCUUCGGAGAGACAGCAUCGCCCGAUAAACAUAUUGAAUUUUUAACAAGACGACACCUUGAGCACAUUAUCUCGGUCUGUGCCAUUCCAGUACAUCAUCCACCCCCAAACCCGGUCGAGAUAGGGACUCCAGGGUCCAAACCUCGACGACGCGUCAUUUCCAUUGCUUUGACAUGCGGUGACAUGUCGGAGCACGUCAUUUAUGCCUCGUCAAGUUUUUUCGCAUUUAUGUUUCUACUUGAAGCUUUCCGCAGAUUGAAACGUAUUUGCCCAAGAGAUGAGUACGUGGCUACUAUGCUGACCAGAAUCUCAAUAGUCUGCAUAGGGCAUAUGGAGUGGCUCAGACUUGCAGAGCUAGACGCAGGACUUUUUUCCCUCGACUAUUGGCCGGUAGGUGGAAUAAGGAAAGAGUACAGAACUUUCCUUUUCGGGCCUCAUAUUCGACCAUUUGAUACCUCAUUUCACAUCAUCAAAGCUGGGGAGUUCGUCAAAGUCUAUACCGAGCCAGAUUACCAAGAAUUGGCUCGCACUGUUGUUGACAGGGUUUCGGAACGCUGGGUUGAGGGUCUAAGACUUUCAGACAAGAGAAGCGUAUCUGUAUGGCCGCACUGUUUCCCGAAGCGACCCAAAGCGACACCAGAGUUCCGAUUAAGUGACCAGAUAUGGAUUUGGAAGGCCCUUAGGGUUGUUGAAAAAAUGAUAAUCUCUCCACCUUCCGACCCUGCAAGCCAGAAAAGGGGGCUCUCAGAGUUACCACCCUCAUUUUCGCCUCAUGGCUUGCAACGAAACAUUGUCAAGCGUUUCACCACUAAGAAUCCUCUGAUAAAACAGCGUACUUUGGCAGCUACACGUUCAGCGCGCCGGGUCCGCUUCACAUUCCAUGCGGAAGAUACUGUGCUCUUAUAUGGCGAAGACUGGGGUUUCUUUCACAGGGAGACAAAGUCCUGGAACAGCUUUAUCAAUUUACAGAAUAUUUGCAUGGAUAAUCAAAUUAUGGAAUGGGAUAAUGUGCUUCGAUAUGGCCUGGCUCUUAUGAUGGGGGCUCGCGGAUACUCCAUCAUCAGUUGCCAGCAUCCGAGAGAGCUGACCAAGUCUGCCUUCUCCAUGUUGGUAAGUGUUUCAGGCCAAAAUGGCUUUUUUCCGGGGAAAAUGGAUUUUGAAACCAAAGAGCCGCUGCAGCCUCAGACGCACAGAGAUGAAGUCUUGUCCUUCAAUACGAGUUUCCAAGUUCCAUUCAUCUUGUUUAUGAAUGCUCUCCAAACUUCCAAUGCCUACCAGGAACCUCAAAAUACCAAUUACGAGCUGCCGAUUAUCGACUCGCCAAAUAAUAUGCGUCUCAACAUGGAGUCUCCCAUUCAACCCAAGUUAGAGAGAUCUGAUUCUAUACCCAACUCAGAGGCAGCCUGCUGGCUUGAAAAAUAUUCACUUUUGAGUCCUCUAAAUGACCCUAAGAAUAUCAUCGAUAUUCAUGAGGAAGAAUGGCUAUACAACUAUCCUCGGGUUUUCUCUUCGGAAAAAGUCAUGAGCCAAGAGGCUUUUCGAGAUACUCUUAAGAAUAUACGAAAUUACCCAUUUGAUUCCAGCUGUCGCACUAUCACCAGAGGGAUAGAUGAAUAUCUCUCAAAAGUGACGCAAGAUCCUCGAUUAGCAGAGAAGGAAAUGAACUCUCCAGUUGCAGGCUGGGACGCUUUCGACGAUAUCUCCGAGACGGCUAGGGUGAUUGAUGCUGCCAAAAGAAGAGCAACAGGAAAGAAUGCGAUCCCCGUCAUGCGACGUCCCAGUGAUAGUUGCUGCUUCGAGUUACAGGCAACGAAUUCGGCAUUAUGGAAGCAUAUUGGCGGGGCGCGUGAUGCUCUGCAAGCGAAGAAACGUUUUAUCUGGCUGUAUAGGGCAGACAGGGGAACCGCAUUGGCAUGUUAUAUGAGCGCAAAGUUUGAUCGAGACGUAAUGAACCGAUAUUUUGAACGCCAUAGCCAAUACGAGAAGUCUUUCCUCGAGCUAGUUGAUAAGCUGCCAAAUAUGUGGGCGACUGAGUUUCAUCUUAGCUUUCAUAGGCUGCUCAGACCUGGUGAAUCAAAGGAUGCGGGGAUCCCAGAGCGGAGGGAAGAGACACUUCCUGGUCGGAAGAAGAAAAAAAUCGUCAAGUGUUCAAUGGGUUUCCAUUUCAGAGGCGACUGGUUUGACAAAUAUUGGACCUGCUACUCAGUUGAGUACCCCCAAAUAGAAACCGGGUCCUUAAGAUUGCCGCUUCAUCGUUUCGAUCUGAAGAAUACUGGACGUCUUUGGAGGCAAAGAAAGAUCCUGGAGCAAUGGCUAUUCCUAAUAAUCAUGGAAAAACUGCUGGAAGGUUCGACAGAAAUAUAUAACGAAAUUGCAAGCGAAUUCGGGUUUCGCAAUGAUGUUUUCACCAUAUCCAUCACCGACAGUGAAGACUAUUUCUCAAGAGAUUGGCUUCGGCUUCAGCAUAUGCUGGAAGCAAUCGAGUUGGACCUCACAGAAUCGAUGAAAAUCAUUAAGAAGUGGGAAACUCGAGUCAGCGACAGAGAUGAGCAACCUCGAUGGACCGAAAAGCAUGAACGCAAAUACGGAGACGAGGUCAAAUUUUGGACUGGGGUCGCAAAUGGACAAAUAAACGAUCUCCAGCACCUACUAGAUAAAAUAAGGGCCUUGAAAGUUGUGAUCAUUCAAAGCCAGGAACAUGUCAGAGGUGACUUGAGUCUACGCGGUGCAGAAAACAUUCGCUUUUUCACUUACGUGACCGUCAUUUUCUUACCUCUGAGUUUUUCUGCCAGCGUUAUGAGUAUGAAUGGUGCACCAAGUGGCAAUUUGAUGGUUGGCAUGAUGAUUUACGCCAUUGUAUCACUUGCUCUCACAUUCAUCGCUUUAUACAACGCCGCACCAGUUGGUAAGAUUCUGAGGAAGGUCUUCAAAAGUUAUUACACAUCUUUUACCAACUCGACAAUGCAGCAGAGCUCUCUUGUGCAGUUUCCUAACUUCAUGUCUCGUUCAAACUUUGACACGGACACACUGAGCACAAAGGAGACUGAUGUUGGGUCGGAGAACAACCUCACAUUGCAUACGAACCCGGAAGAAGGAUAUAAUGCCCAUUUCUGGUUUUGGUUUACGUACAUUGUGAUAGAACUGCCCGCAAGACGCGUCAUAUUGGGAUACGAUAUCCUCAAAGGUGGAUCUCUUAGCUGGAAAGCGUUCUACCACGUCCCAACCGCAAUAGCUAUGCUGCCAGUAUGUUUAUUGAGCUUCGUAAUUCGAGUUGCCUUCUAUAACUUGAUAGACCUGUUGAAGUUUACAGGAGGUUGGAUUGUCUGGUUCUUCUUUUCGCCUUAUACCGAGAACAACAAAGAGUCACAAGAGCAUUUCAGGUGGUUAAUACAGCUCCCAGAAUACGUUCGUCCCUUGCAAAAUAUUCAUGAUGAGAUGGAAGAAAUGAGGCAGACGUGGGACAGGGAACGGACAGGAGCAGAGGAAGAUGGCAAGCAAGCUGGGGAACCAGAUGAUCAGGCUCACUCCUAA